AUGGAAUAUAGACUAGUUCUCAAUAAUCGCAGCGAUGUUGAAAUAACUAACAAAGAUAUGAGCGGAAAAUUCCAUCAGCAUUUAAAAUACUACAAGUAUCGUCGCAUUCCAUCACAAAAUGGGAAGUCAUUGUUUUAUCUUUUCUUCCGAAAGGAAGAAGAAACAUAUGCUGCUCGAAGAGCAGCGAAAUCGAUAAAAGAAAUUUCACUUGUUAGAUAUCGUCCAUGCCCAUUCAGUCCUAUUGACACAGAACCUACCUUCCGACCAUUUCCACCACAAAAAACAAUCGAUAUUUGUCGCUAUGCAUUCAGAAGUCACCUUGAUCAUUUUGAAAAUGUGGAUUGUUUUAAAACAUUCAUUCGGCGUGUGUCUGAACAAAUAAUGGCACAAAAUAAAAAGAUAUACGAGAUACAUGAAAGAAUUUCCAACUUGAAGAUAUGGUGGUUGAUGAACAAUGAGUUUUCAGUCAAAGACAACUACUGUGUACAAAAGCUGUUAGACGUCUUUUUCGAUUAG